AUGCAUGCCUCAAGAAAGUUCAAGAGAGCAUUCAUGGAGCAGCUCCUGCAGAGCCUGCAGGUGGCCGGCCUCACCUCCAAGUCCAUGGGUCUCCGGGAGCGCCGGGAUGCCGUGAGGCUCUCCUCCGAUGUGGCCAUGGCAUUGGCCAGGGGCAGCACGGCGCCGUGGGCGAGCGCGCUCGUCACGCGGCACGCGGCAGAGCGGCGCCACGAGGCCCUCAUGCGCCGCAUCCUGAGCACCGCUGGUUACGAGUCUAGCCUGAGGGCGGCGGCAACGGCGAGCUGCCGGAAGGAGAUCAGGAGCAGGAAGAUCGUGAGGAGAUCGCACGGUGUGUGCAGCUCCAGAAGGAAGAGGAGGAGCUCGCUGGUGGCGGCGAGCGGCAGCAAUGGUGCUACGGUGGCUAGGAGGAUGGUGAAGCGGAGGUUGCAGCUUCUCAGGAAGCUUGUGCCCGGAGGGGAGGAACUCCAUGGCUUCUCAUUGCUCACUGAGGCCCUGGAUUAUGUGAUGUGCUUGAAGACACAGGUGGAGCUCAUGCAACGCCUCUGCAAAGGAUCGAUCCCAGCUGCCUCGAGCAUCAGGGUAUGA